AUGCGUAAAGGUCCAGGUCUAUCUGCUCUCUCCCGUCAAUCAGCCUACUCCAACUCUUACUCCACCCUCUCAACUAGCAUCUCCACUCAGCAGAUCGCCUCUCUGACCGAAUCGUUAGAAUCAUUCAAAUCUACCCUGAUCGAAUUUUCCCUAAAACACAAGAAAGAUAUCAAAGAUGAUCCUGCAUUUAGAUUCCAAUUUCAGAAAAUGUGUUCUACACUCGGUAUAGAUCCUUUGGUCGGGUCGACAAGUACCAGAGGAGGUGGAGCAGGGUUGUGGGGAAUGUUAGGAAUAAGUGAAUUUGAGUAUGAGUUGGCGGUGCAACUUGUAGACAUUUGUGUGUCGACUAGAGAGAAGAAUGGAGGAUUGAUUAGGGUCGAUGAAUUGAUACGCAAAAUAGAGAACUUGAGAAAUGGUGGUAAACCAAUGGAAGGCGAAGGUGGUAUAACGGAACAAGAUAUAAUUAGAACUGUCAAAAUUCUAGAACCACUCAAAUCGGGAUACAAGUUACAUACCAUCUCAUCAGAUAGGUAUGUACGUUCGAUACCCAAUGAACUCAACACGGAUCAAUCGAUACUGUUAUCGUUAGCUGCUACUACAGGGGGAAGGUUGAACAAGAGAGAGAUCAAAGUGCAGACAGGAUGGAACGAUGAUAGGAUAGAUCUGGGUUUGAGGGACUGUGUGAUGGAGCAAGGUCUAGGAUGGGUAGAUGAACAAUCGAUAUCGGAAGAAGGAGGGGGAAAACAGAUCAGAGGAGAUGUUUGGAUCAUUGCGGCUGCGGUGUUUGAAGAAUGA